GCGGCGCCGCGCGUCGUAUCGACAGACCACAGCGAUGGACGAGAAGGGCAACACCCUCAUCAAGGCCAAGCCCCGCCCCGGGGUCAAGGGCAUCAACCGUGUCCUUGUCACGGGCGGCGCGGGCUUCGUGGGCUCGCACCUCAUCGACUACCUCAUGGCCCGCGGCGAUCACGUCAUGUGCCUCGACAACUUCUUCACGGGAUCCAAGGAGAACAUCCAGCACCACAUCGGCAAACCGAACUUCGAGGUGAUCCGCCACGACGUCGUCGAGCCCAUCCUGCUCGAGUGCGACCAGGUGUACCACCUCGCGUGCCCGGCCUCCCCGGUUCACUACAAGUUCAACCCCGUCAAGACGAUCAAGACGAACGUCAUCGGCACGCUCAACAUGCUCGGCCUCGCCAAGCGCGUCAAGGCGAGGUUCCUCCUCACGUCAACUUCCGAGGUUUACGGCGAUCCCCUGCAGCAUCCGCAGACGGAGGAGUACUGGGGUAACGUCAAUCCCAUCGGCGAGCGCUCGUGCUACGACGAGGGCAAGCGCUGCGCGGAGACACUCGCGUUCGAUUACUACCGCGAGCACGGCCUCGAGAUUCGCGUCGCGCGCAUCUUCAACACCUACGGACCCCGCAUGGCCCUCGACGACGGCCGCGUCGUCUCCAACUUCGUCAAGCAGGCCAUCGAGGGUACCCCGAUGACCAUAUACGGCGACGGCACCCAGACCCGCUCGUUCCAGUACGUCAGCGACCUCGUCAAGGGACUCGUCGCGCUCAUGGACGGCGAUCACACCGGACCCGUCAACAUCGGCAACCCGGGCGAGUUCACCAUGAAGGAACUCGCCGAUAAGGUUCGCGAGGUGGUGAACCCCGACGCCACGACGGUGUACAAGGAGAAUACCGCGGACGAUCCGGGCAGGAGGAAGCCGGACAUCACCAAGGCGAAGGAGCUCCUCGGCUGGGAGCCGGUGGUGCCCCUGGCGGAGGGCCUCCAGAAGAUGGUUGGGGACUUCCGUCGGAGGCUCGGGAAGGACGAGGACGAGGACGGUCCGGCGGCGAAGAAGGCGAAGAAGUGAGCGAGUCCGUGUGAUUGAUGAGUGUGUGAUGAGUGGGUAUCGAUAGACUUUGGAAUGCGCAUCGGAUGCUCCU